GCGACUGUUGCUAAGAGCCAGGAGAGAAAGGAACGUCGUCUAGAAAGAGAAAACCGGAAACGUAAGCUGUUUGAAGAUGUAACAAAUAUGGAACAGUCUGGUGAAAACACAAGCUUUGAACCAGAGUACAUUGCCACAAAAAUUGACAUUGUUACCUCUGAUAUCGAUGUGGGUGCUAGCAAAGAAGUUGUGACACAGCAGGAAUGUGUCGAGCAAAUAAUCUCGAUCACAGAUGAAAAGGUGACAUUUAUGGACUCAUUUGUACAAACAGAGUGUGAAACGGAAGAUGCGGCAAUACAAACAACAACUACACUUGCAUUUAGCAUCAACAAGUUCGAGGAUGAUGAAGCUGCUGUUCAUUUCUACACUGGACUCGAAAAUUACAUGAAGUUCUUUUUUGUUUUGAACACACUCGGACCAGCAGCAUACCAUCUUAAUUAUGUGUAUCAUUCUAUAACAAGUAUAAGUGUUGCUGAUCAAUUUUUUAUUACGUUGAUUAAAUUAAGGCGACACAUGACAAACUUUGAACUGUCGCGAUUAUUUAAUGUUUCGGAAAGUGUUGUGUCAAACAUUUUUAUUACGUGGGUCUUGUUCAUGGAAAAACAGUGGAAAGAAAUUAACAUUUGGCCAUCACAAACUUUAGUCCACUAUUUUGCUCCAAGCAGCUUCAAGAGACUGUACCCCAAAACACGGGUUAUAAUUGAUGGUACUGAGUGCCCAAUUAAAAAGCCGAAGAAUCCAACAGCUCAACAAGCCACUUUUUCGACUUACAAGAACCGAAAUACAGUUAAGGUUUUGGUUGGCAGUACCCCUGGCGGUCUUAUUUCUUAUGUGUCUCCAGCCUAUGGGGGUGCUACAAGUGAUAGGCAAAUAGUUGAACGGAGUUCACUGACCAGGCUUUGUUCCAAAAGUGACAGUAUUAUGGCUGAUAAAGGUUUCAAUGUGCAGGACAUUUUUGCACCACAUGAUGUGCAUAUCAAUAUACCAACCUUUUUUAAGAAGCAAAAUAGAAUUUCGAAUGAAACUGCUAUUAAAGAUAGAAAAAUUUCAAGUAAACGUGUUCAUGUAGAAAGCAUUAUUGGGCUAGGAAAAACAUACACAAUUUUAACUGAAUCUUUGACUAGCACAGAGACUAAGUUGUCAUCAGAGAUAAUUUUUGUUUGUUUCAUGCUAUGUAAUUUCAGGAAUGGCAUAGUGUCUACAUAUGCUUAAAGAAUAGCUACAAUCAAAGUUUUGUAUGCAGCUAAGAGGAUUAAAAUGUCAAAUUUGUAUUGUCAAUAAACAUUCUGCAAAAAAUAUGUCAGAUGUGCGCUCUGGUUAUGAGUGUUAAGAAGUACAUGUAAUGAGAGUAAUUAAGCUAAUGGACAUGUGAUUGGAAGACUGUUUUUUUAUAGUUUUCAUUUCUUAA